AUGCUUGCGAUUACAGACACAGUCACACCUCUCUCCGGGGUGUGUGUGUGUGCCAACUUCAAUAAAAUGGGGGGGGGGUGUUCCAGGUAAACCCCGCCCCAUACCGUCGAUCACGUGACACUAUUUGGAUGGCAAUGCCCAUCAACUUUGGGUGGCCCUGGCCAAUAUUGUAUUGGGGUGGGGGGUGGGGAGCCCAAAGGACCUUGGCCCCCUAGGAAUCGGCUCUCUUAUGCAUCCCCCGUCCUCUCUCUCUCCUGCACACUUCUCCAUCCCUCGCUUCCUUGACGCGCGUGGGGUGUCCCGCGACGGGGAUCCUCGUGUGCGCAAGGAGCUCGGCGGGGAGCAGGCGGCGGAACAAGCGCCAGAGAGGCGGCCAACGCAAGAGACCUGCUGCUCUUGCAGCUUCUGGCUCGGACCUCGCCGGGUCCCGAGAGCCCGUGGCUCUUCUCCCCGCGAGGGAGCAGCUCUCUCCCUCGGACCCCCGAAGGCGGAGGGAGUCCCGAGCCAGCCGGGCUCGCCUUCUGCGCCUCCAGCGGCUUGGAGAGGGGCGGGACCCUGGGCGCAAACUUGUGGCUCCCCUCCUCUCCAACCCUCCAGCUCUUCUCCCCUCGGGCGCAGGAGGAACUACUGGCACUCACCCACCCCCGUCCGCGGCUCUCGGCUCUCCCUCCGCCGACGCCUCCGGGGACUCCGGCUCGCUCCCUCUCCUCUCCCGCCUCGCCGCUGUCUGGCUCCGGCAGCGCGCGGGCUUGGCGGGACGCGAGCGCCGGCUUCUCCAGGCUGCUUGCGUCACAAUGAAGCGGAGGCCGUCCCCCGUCCCCCCUUACGCGCCGGGAAUUCGGGGGGCUGUGAUUGUGAUGCGGGGGAGGGAGGGGGUUUCCACGUGACUUCAAAGGAAGGCCUUGAGCUGGGGGGGGGGGGACGAGGAAGAAGAAGGAGAAGAAGAAGGAGGAGGAGAGGAGAAGGCAAGGCGAGGUGGGGAAAGGUGGUCGGGAUGGGAAGCUGCCGCCGCGCUCGCCGCUGCGUCUGGAGCUGCCCCGCUCGGCCGGCGCUGGAUGCUGAAAUAGCCCCUGGCAGCCCCCUCCCCCGGCCGCCCCUCGCCGGCCACGCGCUCCCAGGCUCUCCUGCUCAUUCGUCUGGCGCUCGCUUUUCUCCCCCCCCCUCCCAGUCGCCUCCCCACCCCCCCUCCGCGACACACGUUAGCUUUCUCUCUCUCUCUUUCGCGCAGUUCUUCUGCUGUUCUUUGGCACGCAUUCCUUUGCUCUCCUUCUCCCGAUUCUCUGCUUCACGCCGCCCCCACGCCGUCAUUUUCCUCUGGCAACACUUUCCAUGUUUGCCCAUCCGACACACUUUCUCUCGUCGCCGCCGCUCUUCCCCAUCCUCCCUUGUUCUGUUCACACUCCUGCCUCUCCAUCCCUCUUUUCCGCCACCCCCCGCCCCGCAAUUUGGCUUUCUUCACCUUUGGGGUGACUUUUCUCCAACGCCCGUAGCCAGGAUUUAUGAUAUUUGGGGGGGCGGGGUUCAGGACAACCGCCUGUCAUCAUCCUCUGCCUGGCUCUGUCUAGCAGAUUCGGAAUGAAAUGUCUCGACAACGGUUGUUUUAGACUCGUAGAGUCGGAAGGUAAGAUCCACUCAUGGUUUGUAGUCUGCUUUUUGCCCAUUCCUGGUUCAAGGCUUAAAAGGCUAUAGCAGGGUACCCCAAACUUGGUACUCCAGCUGUUGCUGGAUUACAACUCCCAUCAUCCCUAGCUAGCAGGGCCAGUGGUCAGGGAUGAUGGGACUUGUAGUCCCAAGAAAACAGUUGGAGACCCAAGUUUGGGUAACCCUGGAUAUAGCAAAACUUAGAAUCAUAGAGUCGGAAAGGACCAUCAGGAUCACCUAGUUCAAGGUCCUGCAACGCAGGGAUAUGCAGUUGUCCCAGACUGGGAUUGAACCUGCAGCCUUGGCAUUAUCAGCACAUGCUCUAACAAAUUGAGCUAUAGUACAUAUGAACUAGGGACGCGGGUGGUGCUGUGGGUUAAACCACUGAGCCUAGGACUUGCCAAUCAGAAGGUCGGCGGUUCAAAUCCCCGCGACGGGGUGAGCUCCCGUUGCUCGGUCCCAGCUCCUGCCAACCUAGCAGUUCGAAAGCACGUCAAAGUGCAAGUAGAUAAAUAGGUACCGCUCUGGUGGGAAGGUAAACGGUGUUUCCGUGCACCGCUCUGGUUCGCCAGAAGCAGCUUGGUCAUGCUGGCCACAUGACCCGGAAGCUGUCUGUGGACGAACGUCGGCUCCCUCGGCCAAUAAAGCGAGAUGAGCAUCGCAACCCCAGAGUCGGUCACGACUGGACCUAAUGGUCAGGGGUCCCUUUACCUUUACCUUUACAUAUGAACUAGUAGCCCUAACUCAGGGUAGAAGCCAUGCUGAAUGAGGCCUAUGGGAGCAGGAGCCCAACAACAUACUUCCUAUUGACCCCAAGGGUUCAGAAACCCCUGUCAAAACCUUGUAUUUUUAUUUAUUUGCUUGCUUUUGUGUGUGGGGGGGGCAGCUGCCCCCCUGCCACCUGGCUACGCUCAUGUCUAUGGCAAAUUGUCACUUGAUUUUUCUCUUUAACACCCUUUCUGUUGGUCCGUCUGCUGCACACCCCUCCUUCCGUCACUAAGGAGCAGCUCCGCCAGAUUAAAAUCUCAAGGUAGAUGACAUCUUUGUUGUUCGCCUUCGUUCGUGUUGUUCUAAGGACCUGUUGGGAUCUGAAAUAAAGGAAGACCAAUGAAGCUACAGCAGUGGAGGGGAGGGCGGGGAGGAAGAGGCAGCCCCUUAAAAUGGGAGACAUUCCCUUCAAACCUAAUUAGCCAGUUUCAGCAGGAUUGCCUGGGCUUUAAUUAAGGACUUUGCCCUCUUCCGAGACUUGGCAGAAGUGUCCAAGGCUGGCCUCAGCCGGUAGGAACAGACUGUUUUGGCCAGUGUCCAAGUUACCCUUCUGGCUGAAUGUGAAAUGUUUGCACUGUUAUGGUUCAGGAUGCUUCCACAUGUCGCUAUCCUUCAAGAGCAGGUUCUCAUCAUUCACAGUGGCUCCGCUAAGACCGUGCACUAGCAGUGCUUGCUCCCAUGCUGCACCCAGACUUUCCACCAAAUUGCCAUGUUGCUUGUGGCAUUUCCCUCCGUGACCUGCAAUGAAAAUGCAGCUUCAGAAUGUGCAGAAGCAAGCUUUAUAAUAUAAGUGCCUGUCUUAGCACUGCCUUGUAGCUUCCUCUUCCUUGCUUAAUAGUCCACAAAGAGGAUGGAGGGUUCUUCUAUUCGUUUCUGUACCUUCCCCUGGUUAUUGUUCCACAUUCUCCUAGAGAAUUCUGGUCUUUGCUGAGAAUACUGUAAAACACCAGCCUGCAGUCUGUUGAUGCCCCACAACAUAGUGUGGAAAACCUUAACACAUAACAUAAACCACACAGCCCUGCUUAUGAGUGUUUCUAGUUGGAAUAGCAAUCUAAUAUAUAUAUAUAAAAGCAAAUAUUUCUCUUUUCAUCUGAAACAGUAUAGCUGAUCUGCAGCAACAAGUUAUGAUUUGAAAGCUCAUGUGGCUGGGGGUGGGGAAAUGAAGUUUAAAAAUUCAUCCAAGUUGCUACCACACCUUGGAAUUCAGAUACUAAUGUUGUCAUGACCCCUGAAUCUAGCAAUGAUCUGGACCAGGGCCGUGGGCUGGUCCACCAUCCCUCAGCCCAUGUGGUGGGCUGGACUAUAUUUUUUUGGGGAGAAAUGAACAAAUUCCUAUGCCCCACAAAUAACCCAGAGAUGCAUUUUAAAUAAAAGCACACAUUCUACUCAUGUAAAAACAUGCUGAUUCCUGGACCGCCCGUGGGCUGGAUUGAGAAGGCGAUCGGGCCGCAUCUGGCCUGUGGGCCUUAGGUUGCCUACCCCUGAUCUGGACACAGUCAGAAGCUGCAGGGGCACCAAACAUGGAGAACAUUGGUCAUGAGGCUGAGGAAUUAGAUGCCUGCCAUUGCACACCACAGUCCGGUGGAGCAGGAAACAUACUAGGACAGAAGCUGUGGAAGGAAGGAGUGCUUGUCUUCAGGCCAGGGGUUUGGCACGUUAAGGAUCUGAAGUUCUUCACAAAGGGGUGGAGUUAGAAGAAGAAGUCUGGAGGUAGAGGUCACCUGAGACUGAUUGGAGUUGGAGUCCAAUAACAUAACUCCUGUCUUCCACUGCCUCCUGCAGUUGAGAAUGACCAAACUGCGGGAGGCAGUGGAAGACAGGAGUGCCUGGCGUGCUCUGGUCCAUGGGGUCAUGAAGAGUCGGACACGACUAAACAACAACAAUAUUUGGAGGGUUCCAGGUUCCCCAUCCCUACUGUAGACAACAGACCACAGCUUCUACACCUUCCAAGAUUUAAGUCAUUAGGGUGGACAGUCAACAAAGAAAGAUAGGGCAGGCAGAGAGAUUGCAAGAGUCAAGAGGUUAUAGCAGGGGUCAGCAACCUUUUUCAGCCGUGGGCCGGUCCACCGUCUCUCAGACCGUGUCUAAAUCCGACAUUUUGGGGAAAAAAUGAACAAAGUCCUAUGCCCCACAAAUAACCCAGAGAUGCAUUUUAAAUAAAAGCACACAUUCCACUCAUGUAAAAACACGCCAAUUCCCGGACAGUUCAUGGGCCAGAUUGAGAAGACAAUGGGCCACACCCGGCCCCCAGGUCUUAAGUUGCCUACCCCUGGGUUAUAGAGAAAAGAAGUUGGAAAGGAACAAAUUAGUAGGCUCCUCCCUGUGAACGUUUGCACCACCAUAAGAUGGUCUGUAUUAUUGCCACAUUUUAUUGUUACCAUCAAAUCUACUCUUUCAUAAGCUAUUGAUAAUAUGAUCCAAUUAGUAAUUAGUUAUCAUUAUUCUGUUUUGUUGUUGUAGGAUUUCCCUCUCCAGGCUGGUUGGAGCCGAAUAUAUUUUCCAUGUAAAGGAACUGACCCUUUGUAAAUCUGACAGCCUUCCCUCAUAUCAAGGACAAAACUCCCAUGGGGUUUUUAAUGCAAAUGAAUUCUUGGCCUUUCCAAAACUGCACCUUCUCCAUGUAACAGGAGGGGGAAAGCUGAUUCCACCACCUCUUAAUGUUUGA